CCAUCACGUGCUCUCCUCUCCCUCGUCUCUGCCCUCUUCCACCACCCUCUCUCUCUCUCUCUCUCUACUCUUUUUCCCACCCUUCGUUAUCUCUUUAAUUUUGUUGCCUUCUUCCCAACCUGCAAAUAUCCAAUCUUUUGGUCGUUAUAGGAUAUAUACUUAUCAAACUAUAGUAGUUUUGUUCGUUGGUUGACAAAGAAAAAAGAAAAGGCUAGCUUUUUAUCAUACCUCUCCAAAAACAUAAAAGCUAAGUAAUUAAGCUUCCCUAGCUAAAUUACUAGCUAGUCGUAAGUGACACUCACACUCACACACCCCACCCCAGCAGACAUGGAGAACAACAAAAAGAAAGUAGUAGGAGGAGGCCCUUCCUCAUCAUCAUUCACCAACUUUGAUCAUCUUUUUGGUCCCAAGGACCCAUCCACCACUUCAUCUUCAUCCACCAGCAUCUUUGGCUCCAUUUUCCCACCCCCUCCUUCCACUGUUGGAGGGAGAGAUUCAACAAAACAGGACAUGGGAUGCAAAAAUUAUGGAGCACCAGGAAAUUACAGUUACAAAGGUGAAAGCAGCGCUAGCGGUGUCGUCUCCAACAGCAAGAAUACUACUAGUACCAAUUAUCAUCAUCAGAAUGAGACAGUGGAGCCCAGCUACUACAGUUCAUCAAUCUAUUAUGGUGGUCAAGAAAAUUAUUCCCCAAGAACCAGGACCACUGAAUCCCACCAUAGUUUUAAGAAAGACAAGAAGGAUGAUGAUGAUCCAAAUGGUAAUGAUUCAAACAGUGCUUCAAGAGGGAACUGGUGGCAAGGUUCUCUUUAUUAUUAACGUCUGCCAAAAUAUGCAACCUCGCCAUCCUGUAUUAUAGCAGGAUGAUAAUGAUAUGAUCAUCGACCACGUACGUUGUACGCAGUAGCAGUACUCUAAUUAACUACGGAAAUAAAGACAUGGUAGCGGACACUAGUACUCUUCAGCAUGUGUUGGGUCCUUUUUGUCACAGCUCGCUCGCGCGCAUAUAUAUAUAUAUAUAAAGUUAGUAGAACAUAUAUAUAAGUCAACCCUUCUAUUUAAUUAGUAGUAGCUUGAAGCCAUAAUUACUCCCUGUUGUGCUUUUAUUUCAUAGAAAAAGUUUGGUGUGGGUAACUGACUUUUAGUAUUAGUGUUUUAGAAUCAUGUGAUCUUGUUAAAUGUACUUUAUGGUUCCCGUUCUACCCGCUGUAGCAUGUAGCAUGCAUACUGUGACUUAUAAAUAAGAGUUAUAUAUUUCUAA